AAAACCCUUGUCAAAAUUGAAUCACUAACUUAUUUUAUUUUCUUUGACUAGCUGUUUCUUUAGGACCAAAGAACAACACUUAAACCAAACUUAUUUUUAGUAUUUAAGUCUUGAUCCAAAUACCAAAUAUAAAGGAGUAGAAUUGAAAAAAAACCUUAGUAAGACUAGGUGGGCUAAUUCUAUUAUCUUCCAAUAUUUUUCCAAUUAGAUCAAAAUCUCCCAUUGAGAUGGCUAUACCCUUCAAUUCUACUUCUUUUCUGCAACAAAAACAAUUGAAAACUCAAUCAUUUCUGGGUUUUAAUCCUUCAUAUUCCUCAUUCAAAGUAUUGAAUAAUUCUCUAAAAAAACCCUCUAAAUUAAUGGCCGCCCUUAAAACUGCCCAACCACUUGCUGGAUUGUCUGAGACAUUCAAUAAAUUGAAGGAGCAAAACAAAGUGGCCCUUAUCCCGUACAUCACAGCUGGUGAUCCUGAUUUGUCUACUACAGCGAAAGCAUUGAAGGUGCUCGACUCUUGUGGUGCAGAUUUAAUUGAAGUGGGUGUGCCAUACUCUGAUCCUUUGGCAGAUGGUCCUGUUAUUCAGGCUGCAGCUACGCGUGCCUUGUUACAUGGAGCCAACUAUGAUGCUAUCAUCUCCAUGCUUAGAAAUGUUGUUCCAGAACUUUCUUGUCCAAUUGCAUUGUUUACGUAUUACAACCCUAUACUGAAGCGUGGUGUGGGGAACUUUAUGUCCACCAUCAAAGAUGUUGGCGUUCGUGGUUUAGUAGUCCCCGACGUUCCCUUAGAGGAGACAGAAGUUCUUAGACAGGAAGCUCUUAAGUACGGAAUAGAACUGGUAUUGUUGACUACACCGACAACCCCCAAGAAUAGAAUGAAGGCGAUUGUUGAAGCUUCUGAAGGAUUUACUUACCUUGUGAGUUCAGUUGGAGUUACUGGUGCUCGAUCAGAUGUUAGUUCACGAGUCCAACAAUUGCUUACUGACAUUAAAGAGACUACUAGCAAGCCUGUGGCUGUCGGCUUUGGCAUCUCGAAACCUGAGCAUGUAAAACAGAUAGCUGGAUGGGGGGCUGAUGGUGUGAUUGUCGGGAGUGCAUACGUGCGACUGUUGGGUGAAGCCAGUUCAUCUGAAGAAGGAUUGAAAAAGGUCGAAGAAUUUACGAAAUCCUUGAAGGCUGCUCUCCUUUGAGAGAAAAUACGAUGAAAAGGAAUAAAUGAGAAUUUCUCGAUUGAAAAAAAAUACAUUUUUAGCUUUCUUUUUAAUCAUAUAAUAAAAGAUCAAAUAAUUUAUGAACCAUUAUUUUGUGUAUUACGGCGUGUUUGGUUAAGAGUAAUGAAUAAAAAUGGAGGAUGAUAAAGGGGUGAAAUUGGCCGACUUCCCUACAGUGAAAGGUUUUCGUUUAUACUAAGUUUGAACUUUUGAUUUCUCUCCUUUUAACUCGCUUUUGAUUAGUUACAGACCUUACGGUAAGAUGUCUUUUCGAAAAACAAAAAAAAAAAAAUUUGUAUUUCUUAUUUCUGUUUUUCGGUUGAACAAGAGAUUUGAAAGAGAGGUUUAAUUCAAAAAAGUUUUCAAUUCUUUUGCACAAGUUCGAUGAGAUUUGGUUUUCCUCGUCUUUUCAAUUUUGCACUUCUUCGUUCUCCCUUUCUUAGCUCAAUAAUUUUUUCCAAUGUUUUCACAAGCAAGCAUAUAUUUAUUUUGACGCAAAAUAAGGAUGCCAAAAGUCCAUGUUAUUAGACAAGGAAGUGGUCUUUUACACAAUGAAAAGUUUAUAAAAGAAAUGACGAACUUAUUUAUAUUUAUCAAAAGGGAAAAUAAUACACUUAAAAACAAGAAAAAACUAAUUCUAACAUAUAAGUAUUUUCC